AUGAGCUUGUGCGAAUACUGCGGCAAGAUCCCCGCCAAGUUAUUCAGCUUCCGCCGCAAUGAGCAGAGCGACUACGACCACCAGCCAACAAUCAGCGCCCUAAAAGCCUCGGCCGGGGGCGGGUGUCAGGGCUGCCGUCUCCUUCUCCAUGCAAUAGAGAGCAGCGAAUCUGAGCACGCCGGCAAGUAUGCGUUGCCGAGAACGUGGAAUCCAGAUGACCGGGUGCGUCUGAGCAGCACAAAAUUCGGCUGGCAGAUUGUGAGGGUCGGGUGGACCGAUGCCGGUCAUUUUCGAGGCUUUGCUGUGCCUCUGGACUGGAGAAACUGGGAGACUGUAAAGCCGCCUUCUUUCGGUGACGUCGGAGGGGAACGUUCUGGUCUUCACCGCGCCUACGAAUCUCGUCUUCUGCAACGUUGGUCAAGAGAGUGUCUGGAAAAUCACAAAGGCUGUCGUCGGGGGACCGGUUUCCUCCCAACUCGCCUUAUUGACGUGGGAACAGAGGCUGAUCCAAGGCUUGUUUUGGUGUUGAGUGCUGGAAUCAGGUCCGCAGACAAGCGCUACAACGCAUUGAGCCAUUGUUGGGGCUUGACGAUGCCGGAAGCCGCCAAAACAAUGGCAAAGACGCUGCGCGACCACCUUGGCUCCAUUUCGGCGGACAUGCUGCCCCGUACCUUUCAGGAUUUCGUCCAGAAUACGCGGCGUCUUGGUGUGCCGUAUGUUUGGAUCGAUUCGCUCUGUAUUAUUCAGGAUUCACGGGACGACUGGGAGAGGGAGGCGGCCCAGAUGGCUGAUGUUUACUCCAACGCACAUCUCACCAUGGCUGCGUCAGGCUCUGCAGAUGGCCAGGGAGGAUGCCAAGUCGUAGACCAUGUGCGAUCGUACGGCCCCGUCGACAUUGAGUGUCGAGCCAUUACCGACAGCGCCUCCUCACAGGCAUUGACAGAAGACUCAACAACAACCUUUCGACUUUGGAGCCGGGAUACAUACCCCGUCGGACAGAUUCUGAGGAUUGACCCAUUGACACAGCGAGGAUGGACUCUCCAGGAGCGAGAACUCUCGCCUCGGGUUGUUCACUACUGUAGAGACACCAUCCGGUGGGAAUGUUGUGAAUCCAGAGCAACGGUUGAGUUCCCUUGGAGUGACGGAGCUUCGUUCGAUGUCGGACGCUUGUUCGACGGGGGAUCGUUUGCCAGACCGACACUUAUUGGCAUACCGAAUAUCAGCUCGAAACCAAUCGACUCUGUCACAAAACAAAGGCUCACUUGGUUCGAGCUCGUCGACCGCUACACCAGCCGUUCCCUCACCAGGCAGACGGACAUUCUUCCCGCCUUCUCCGGCAUCGCCAGAUCCAUCGCCGAAACCACCUCUGACGAAUACUACGCUGGGCUCUGGAGGUCCUACUUUGGGCAUUGUCUACUGUGGGCGAGCAACUGGCACGUUGGCCGUGGAUUCAGACAGCACAGCCGUCCUUCCGACUAUCUCGCACCAAGUUGGUCGUGGGCCUCUGUGAAAGGCCCAAUCCAUUACCUCUCCUGGGUCAAUGGCUACUGGCACAGCUUCAACGCCGACCCAGACCCGGCGUACGCACCGCAACUUGUCGACGUCUCGUUGCAAGCGUCUUCCGACCCGUACGGUGCUCUAAAAGCUGCGACACUCAGGAUCAAGGGCAAGGUCGGCAUGGCCAUUUGCAAACAAGAAGCUUACGCGGCACCAAAGGAUCAUCUAAAUGUUACUUUUACUGCUGGUCAUCAAGAUCGGCAAACUCUUCUGGGAAUGGAGGGGGGAAAGCUUGACAAGGUCGGCGAGAUUCGUUACGACGUCCCUCUCUGCCCUGACUGCUCGCCAAUUGGAAAAUUCACAUUGCUGUGGCUGCUGUGCUGCCUGAAUAGUGAGAAGACCGCAGAUGGGAAGACGUCAACAUUUGCAAUCGCUCUCCGGGGCGAUGACGACGUUGAAGGAGAGACGCGGAUGUCUUCUAUCGUCCCGAAGCGCUUUCGAAGAGUCGGGAUAGCAUGGGGAAUUGAUCCUUCAUUCUGGGACAAGGCGGUAACUAUCACUCUGACUAUAGUGUAA